GAAGAGUGAACCUGUUACUUAGCCUGUCCAGCAUUACAACAAAAUUUUCAUCGCUUUAUUUGGUCUAGACAAAUCGGGAUUAUUUUUAGCGCGUUUUACUCCUUUUAGUACUUCUCAUCAAACGCUUACUGUAUUGCACUGUGUGUCUCUGACGGAGGUUUAAAGCUCUGAUGGAGGAGUCAGUAGACUCCGGCGGCGGUGGUGCGGCAUCAGAGGGCCUCAUGGUGCAAGUGACGGAGAUCCGCUACCCCGUAGGAGCGCGUCCUCUACGGCUGCUCGAGUGGAAGGUGAAACCAGGAGCUCUGGUGAACGUUGACUCCGUCAUCGCGGUUUGCGCGCCGAUUCUCGCCGAAAACGAGUCGAGAGGGCACGAGAGGAAGCUGAAGUCAGACCGCGCUGGAGUUGUGCGCGAACUGUGCUGUCAGCUCGGGCAGGUCAUCGCGCCUGGGAGUGUCAUAGCAAAAGUGGAAGAAUGCAGCCAUCCCGUUGUGAUGAAGGGUCUAUGUGCAGAAUGUGGCCAGGACUUAACUCAGCUACAAAGCAAGAAUGGAAAGCAGCAGGUGCCCAUUUCUACAGCAACAGUUUCCAUGGUGCACAGUGUUCCAGAGCUCAUGGUCAGCUCAGAGCAAGCAGAGCAGCUUGGCCGAGAGGACCAGCAAAGACUUCACAGGAACAGGAAGUUGGUGCUGAUGGUGGAUCUGGACCAAACACUGAUCCACACCACUGAACAGCACUGCCAGCGCAUGUCCAACAAGGGAAUCUUGCAUUUCCAGCUGGGACGAGGAGAGCCCAUGCUUCAUACACGUCUGAGGCCUCACUGCAAAGACUUUCUUGAAAAGAUUGCCAACCUCUAUGAGCUGCAUGUCUUCACUUUUGGCAGUCGUUUAUACGCUCAUACCAUUGCAGGUUUUUUGGACCCUGAAAAGAAGCUCUUCUCUCAUAGGAUAAUGUCUAGAGAUGAAUGCAUUGACCCUUUCUCUAAGACAGGCAACCUCAGAAAUUUGUUCCCGUGCGGAGACUCCAUGGUGUGCAUCAUAGACGAUAGAGAGGAUGUGUGGAAAUUUGCCCCCAACCUCAUCACAGUGAAGAAAUACAUCUACUUCCAGGGCACAGGGGACAUCAAUGCUCCGCCGGGCUCACGAGAGGCCCAGAUGGCCAGAAAAGGUGCAGGUAAUCAGGCAGGCCGACCAGCAGAGAACAUGGAAUCGUCUGGGACAUCUGGGCAGGAGGAACAGAGAAAUGGCCUCAGCAAAUCCAGCAAAGAAAGAAAAACUGGGCAUGAGGAGUCAUCCCCCUCUGCCACCACCACUCAGGGAGCAUCAACCAAUGAGAGGACUCACCCCACAGGGGAACGGCCCAAUGAUGACAAGUGUACUGUGAAAGUGGAGGGGGAGGACACCUUAGGUGAGGCUGAUGUAAACGCUGCUACGGAUGGCACUGCCAAUGACCUGGACUUUUACCUUUCAAGCGACAGUGACGAGGGUAAAGUGGAAUUAUCGGACAGCGAAGGAGAAGGACGGUUGGUAGAUGCUAAGAAAUCCGAACAAACAAAAACCGAGGAUGAUAGGGAAGCUAGACAACUGAGGACAGAGGUGGACAAUAUUCCUGACACGGAUCCGGAAGGUCUUGUUAAUUUAGGCAACGGCUGUUCUGAUAAGAAAGAAGCAGAAACAGAAUCUCAAAACAGUGAGCAGUCAGGUGUCACCAUGGGGGAGGAGUCAUUCGAUCACAGCAUGGAGGAUGAGGAGGAAGAGGAGGACAUGGAUCAGGACGACCACCUUAUUUACCUGGAGGAAGUUUUGGUUCGCGUCCACAGUGAGUACUACUCACGCUACGAGGCCUUCCUGAAGAAGGAGAGCUUGGAGAGUCCCGACAUCCGGAAAAUUGUCCCCGAACUAAAGGGACGUACACUGGCGGGCACCACGAUCCUCUUCAGUGGCCUCUAUCCCACCAAUUACCCAAUGGAGCGCACUCGAGAGUGGUACCACGGCAAGGCGCUGGGUGCCAAACUUGGCAAGACCCUGAUACUCAAUGCCAAAGACCCCGACCACACCACCCACCUUAUUGCUGCACGUGCAGGCACUGAGAAAGUGCGUCAAGCUCAGGACUGUAAACAUCUUCAUGUGGUGAAUCCUGAUUGGCUGUGGGGCUGCCUGGAGCGUUGGGAACGAAUCGAGGAACAGCUCUUUCCUCUGAAAGAAGACUAUAGCAAAUCACACAGGAGCAGCAGUCCCGCCACAUUUCCAAAUGUCCAGGAGUCUCUUCUCAGGCCUCUGUUCCCACCCACUACCGUUCAGCACAAGUCCCCACCAGUGCUGGAGAUGCGGACAUAUGACCCUGUCACCGGAAAACUCAUCCGCAGGGGUCCACAGGCCUCCCGUCCACCCUCUUAUCAUCACUCGCAUGGAUCAUCCUCUGCUCAGCCUGCACAUGGAGAUCUCAGGUUAGGUCAUGGGUCUCAGCAACCGGAGGGGGAUGCAGGAUUGAGUCGUGACAAUGAGCAGCCUGGACCUUCACACAGGGAACGACAGCCCAGCAUGUCUGAAACCAUGCCACUCUACACAAUGUGCAAAGAAGACCUGGACAGCAUGGACAAAGAGGUGGAUGACAUCCUCGGGGAGGAGAGUGAUAAUGAGAGUGAGGGAAAAGGGAAAGAGGAGAAGAUGGAGGCAGAGGAUGAGGACGAGGAGCAGCAGCCUCAGACAAGCAGACAGAAGGCCCCAGCAUCAGAUCCCCAACAAACCCUUAGCACUGUUGUUGAAGAAGUGGCCCAAAUGUCGACCAGUGAAGAAGUUUGUGUAGCAGAGAGUGUGCUCAGGGGCCACAAAAGAAAACUGGAAGAGGCCAGAGACAAUGAAGAAGAUGAAGGCUCCAGUAAAGACUCGAAUGAGGAUGAGGAGGGCAGCAGCUCGGAGGCCGAUGAGAUGGUCGCUGCGCUGGAGGCGGAGCUUAAUGACUUCAUGUGACCUGAUUGGAUGAUGAAACUAUGAAAAUGAACUACUCUAAUCAGAGCUGAUGUUUUCAUAUGGUACUGGAGAUAUAUGAACGUGUGCUUUUGUGUCGCUGUUAUACAGCGCAAGUAAACAAAUGUAUCGAAACAAAUAGGGAGGUUUACAAAGUAGAUAGUUCAUGUACAGAUAGAGUUUUAGACACAAAGUUCAAUUUUAUUGUGAAUUCAUAUAGUGGUGUGGGAAGUAGAUUUUUUGUGUGUGUGUAAUAUUUUACUUAUUUUUGCUCCAGUUCCAAAACAAAUUUUUAUAUUAUGUAAAGGAAAUUCAUAUUUGGCCAUGAUUGCCAAAGAGUCUGAACCGGGCCUGUGUGGGCCAUUAUCUACAAACUCAGUUGAUGUUUAAAGGGGUUUGUGGUGCUCACCAGCAGUCAAACUCAAGACGUCUGAAUGUGUCCUGUGUCUCUUUCUUAUCGUUUUGUGCUUUGUCCAGUGACAUUGGUGCCCCAGAGAGUGAUUGACACUGUGCUGCACCAAAUACAGAAAACCAGCACCAUAAGACAGGCCCACAGCCGCUGUCCUCACUUUCUUUUACCAAAAAUGUUCCAUUAAACAAUGUGAAUAGCUGUGAAUAUGAAUUGUAAAACAAGUUAGAAUGAUUCACUGCUUACACCUUUGCAUUUUGGCGAGUAUUAAAGGAAUAUUCCGUGUUCAAUACAAGUUAAGCUCUACCGACAGCAUUUGUGGCAGAGUGUUGAGUACCACAAAAAAUGAUUUCGAUUUAACCUUUUAUUUAAAACGGAGCAAAAAACUGGUUAUAUUGAGGCACCUACAAUGAAGGUGAAUGGGGCCAGUCCGUAAACGUUAAAUUGCAAACUUUCAAAAGUAUAGCCACAAGACAUAAACAUUAUACGUGCUUAAAUGAUUUUAGCUUAAAAGGUUUACCUUGGCAACAAAGUUGUAAAAUUGCUUAUAACUUUACAAUGAUAAGGUUGGUAAGUGAUUUUAACACUAAAAUCAUGUUGGUGUAUAAUGUUUACGUUUUGUGUAUAUUUGAAGCAGUGAGUAUUUUUUAUGUUUAUGGAUUGGCCCCAUUCACUCCCAUGGUAAGUGCCUCACUGAGAGUCAAAAAUCAUUUCUGUGGUAAUCAUCAUUAUGCUACAAAUUUUGUCAGUUGAGCUUAGCUUGUAUUGAACCCAGAAUAUUUCUUUAAGACUUGCGAUUCGAUUCUAGUUUGUGACUUGUUUAUUACAAAUGUUUGUAAGAUCAUUUUCUUUAAAUCGAUAAAUGUGAUCAUUUCUUGUCCUGUUGUUUAUAAGAUGAAACGUUGUAAUUAAAUGUGCUAUCCAACACAGGACAUCACAACAUAAUGUCAUCAUUUGGCUUCUUAAAGGUCACUGAGUUUGAUAGUGAACACUGUGGCAGCAUUAAACCGGGUGUUUGGUUGGCUCUCAUGCCACCCUAAGCCAUCACUGUACGGACUGAUCAGAUCCAGACUAGUAGGAUUCAAGUGACCUUGAACAGGAGUGCUGAUCUAAGGUCAGUUUUUGGUUCUAGAUUGGUGUUCAUGGUCUUAGCCACUUGAAAGUUGACUAGACUUCUAGAUCUGAAUCUGUUUCAAAUAUUUCUCAGAGGUGAGAUAAAAUAAGCACUUUUAUGCUUUUAUGGCACCUCAUCUCUGUGUGCGUUUGUGUUUGACUGGCAGGCUUCCUGUUCCUUUCAUUGUGUUGUUGUUUUCAACAAUGUAAAAUAUUUGUACUGUAUAUUCUUUUUCAUACCUGACCAAGAAGAUACUUUUCAUUUAAUAAAGGUUUGUUUUAUAGAUUGGUGUUUUGAAGAGUGUUUGUGUUGUUUAAAUGCAGUGCAUUGUAUUAGAGUGUUUAAAAAAAACUCAGUGACCGUCUAGAUGCGCUUAAUAAUUGAAUGAAGGGAACAAAAUCCAUACAGAGAUUCUACACAUCAAUUAAAUGACUCAUUUAUUUGGUUUGGAAAAUUUUCUGUUAAAAUACCCCUUAUAA